AAACCUGUUGGAAUCAGAAAAGSGUCGAGUUCCUGUGGACGAACAUGGCGACRAAGAAGAACAAGAAYUCGUCAAAAACGCCCUCACGUUUUACUWGAUCCAGGCUAUAUCAAUUUACUAAAAUGGGCAAAGUAUAAUGGGGUUGUAUUUGACAAURUAAAGCCAGCGAUAUUCRAGGAUACUGGUCGAGGGAUGAUGGCUACCAGGAACAUUCGAAGUGGUGAAACUGUUAUAUCMGUCCCURUWACWCUUUUGAUAACACCGCAKACUGCACAUCAAAGCGUUAUAGGCACAAUAUGUCAGCAGAGCAUCUCAAACCGUGGUUUUAAGCUUUCAAAUAAGUCUUUAUUAUGUGUAUAUCUUGUGUAUUUGAGAUAUCUUGGAAGAAAGUCGUUUUGGKAUCCAUAUAUCAGAACUUUGCCAUGUGAAUUCAAUACACCCAGUUACUUUGAUGAACUCGAACUAGAUCUCUUACCCAAAUCAUGCUACAAGAAAUCUUUAGUUCAAAUAGAUGAACUUAAUAAAGCCUUUGAAGACAUUACAGAAAAUCUUUCMRAAACUUUGRAAGACUUUGAUUYRAGAUUUAAAAAUGCUUUGACAUUUGACAGUUUUAGAUGGGCAUGGUUUGUGGUCAACACUAGAUCAGUGUACUUAGAAAAUGGAAAGAUACAACAUCCUGGUUACCAUGGMGAURGYUGUCAUAGUGAUAACUUUGCACUGGCACCAKUAUUGGAUCUAUUGAAUCAUAGCGACAUAGCAGAUAUGCAAGCAGGAAUCAGCCAUGCCACCAAAACAUACACAAUCACUACGGUAACAGAGUACCACAAGGGAGAGCAAGUGUUUAUCAACUAUGGUCCUCAUGACAACAGCACUCUUYUAAUAGAGUAUGGCUUCAUUCUCCCUAAAAACAUCCACAAUUCAAUCAAGAUUAAUCCUUCGUGUGUAUAUCAUAUGCUUAACCUACCAAACACGUCUGCAGUUAAUAUGAAACUUGAAACUAUAAAGAGGAACAAUUUUGAGAAAGACUUCAGUUUUAGUUAUGAAAAUGGUGUAUCUUGGAACUUGCUCAUAGCUUUGAGAAUUCUGGCUUUGAAUGAUGCUGAAGUUUGUAACUGGACUCAAGUCUAUAAUGGUAAAAGAUGUAAAGAAGAAGUUAUUGUCUCUCAGUGGGUUGAUUUAAUAGUUUCAUCUACAUUGGAAAUUUUGGUCAAAGAAGACCAAAGUCUUGYAAUGGGAAAUACUUUGACUACAAAUAUGAAUCUAGCUCUAGAGCUUAGAAAACAAGAAAAAGAGAUACUGACAAAAAUCAUGRAAAGAGGUCUUAACCAAGAUUUGGAUACUAAAGUCACAGACUGAUUCAUUCUCCAGACUUCAGGUUUAAUCUGUCAUUUGUUAAUGCUUCCAAACUUACACUCCUGGUUUCCUGAGCAUGAGACUGAUUUCAUAAGUCAGAGUUUCCACUCAUUGGUUUUUGUGGUUACUGAACUAUUGGAAUAGUAGCCACUAUGCUGUAGCGUAAUGUCUUUACCGUAUUCAAAAUUCAGAAGUGGGCAAUGAAGAGUAUUUUAAUACUAAAUUAAAUUAAAAUAAAUUAAAUUAAAAUAUUGAAAAAUAAAUAUUAUUGACUUUCAAAAACAGAGUGAACUAGGAUUGACUUAUGGAAUCACCAGUCCUGUACUACUGGAUAUUUGCUGUAAUUGAAUUCUCUGAUCAAUCAAUAAUGAACACAGUUUGUAAUUUCAAUUUUAAUGGUGAAAUAUACUCGUAUAAAAAUC